CAGCCGCGAGGACCAGCGCGAGCUUGCCAGGGCGCAGGAGCAAAAGGAGGCCCUGCGGUGGCAGGAGCGGGACAUGCAGGACGCCAGGCGGUGGAAGGAGCGGGACAUGCAGGACGCCAGGCGGUGGAAGGAGUGGAGGGACCAGGAGGCCUCGAGGCAGAGGCAGUGGGAGCGCGAGCUCUCCCUCUCGCUCGGCGGCGCCGUCGCCGCGGAGGGCCUGGACGAGGCGAUGUCCGAGUGGGCGCCGCGCCUGCAGGUGUGCGAGCAGCAGCUGGCCGAGUCGCAGGAGGACGUGCGCGAGCUGCGGGAGCACUGGAGCGAGCUCCGGGCCGAGCAGUCGGAGGCUGGGGCGCUGCACGAGGCGCGCAUGGCGCGCCUGGAGGGGCAGAUCCACGCCGCGGUCGAGCAGCUGAGCCGCAAGAUGGCGGACUCGCGCGCGGCGCUGCGGGACGAGGUCUCCGAGAGGGCGCAGCAGGCCAUCCAGGAGGUGCGGGAGGCCCAACGCGGCGUCUUGGAUUGCCUCGAGGAGGUGCGAGCAGGGGCGGACGAGGCGGCCGGCGCCCUGGCGGCGGACAUGGACCAGCUCCACGCGGAGCGCGGGGCCAUGCGGCGCGCCUGGGAGCGCGUGCAGUCGCUGCGCACAGACGCGACCUGGGGCUACUUCCUGGGCUGCGACGAGGA